AUGAAUCUGUUCAUGAUUCUCCUCUCACAUUUGGCACUCGCCUUUCUGGGUACUGCCCACCCCGGAGACCAUGAAGAACGCAGCGCAACAGACAACAAACUCCAAGUUCAAAAAAGGACUUACCACUCAAAUUUCGUACAGAGCUACAACGAAUGUGCCAAAAAUCUAGAAUCAUCCGGCCUCAAUAAACGGGCCACUUUCCGCCGCCGAUCCAAAAUCAAUCAGUUCCGUCAAGAAAUCGCUGCUCUUCGUUUGGAACAACAAACCUUCGGACCUCAUCGAAAGCCCAACAAUGAACCUACCCUCAAGCAUAUAUUCAAUCUCCCAGAUCAGCUUGAGAAAUCGCAUCUAGUCACAAAUACAAGUAUUGGACCCGACACUCCUCCAGAUGAGCUUUUCGGAAAUAACGGCACAUGCGUCUUGAAUCCGAACAGUUCUACCGGGCCCUUUUACAUUAAAGGCGAGCUUAUUCGCUCCAAUAUCACAGAAGGAGAAGCUGGCGUACCGAUGAUCAUCGACACACAGAUUAUUGAUGUGGAUUCCUGUGACCCGCUGGAGGGUGUGUGGUGGGAUAUAUGGAGCUGCAACGCAACGGGGGUAUACUCUGGUAUUCAGACAUGGGGGAACGGUGAUGAAAACGAUGCAUCGAAUCUGAACGCUACUUUCCUACGCGGACUGCAACAGAGUGAUUCUGAAGGCGUCGCGCAAUUUCAAGCUAUCUUUCCGGGUCAUUAUUUGGGCCGAGCGACUCAUUUGCACGUCGUCGCUCAUGUGGGCAAUGUGACUCGCUUGUCUAAUGAUACUAUCUCUGGUGGCUCGGUUGCGCAUCGGGCAGUUGAUUGGAUUUUUCUAGAAGGCAUCAAGGAUACUUCUUCCGAUCCGUUCUUCAACUAUGUUAAGCUGGGUGAUGAUAUUGAAGAAGGAAUCUUUGCCUGGGUCUCCAUUGCGGUUAAUCUGUCUGUCAGCUUUGAUCCUAGCCAUGAGUGGAGAUUGACUGAUCACGGUGAUGUGCACGAGCCUGAGUCAGGUGGUAUUGAUAUCUGA